CGCCGGCCGCUGUCACGGUGAGUUCCUCAUGUGUCGCUCCGUUUCGGAUGGUAUAUCUUCUAGGCGCUUAAUGCCCUAAGGGGCUAAACAGCGCGAGUGCGUUAAGUAGAGUGUGCUUGUAAGAAAGAGGUCUAUACAGGUGAGUCUUCGAGAUGAGCUAUGAAGGGGGCCCUCGGCUGCCUGCUAGCCUCCGUCUUCAUUUUCGACUUAUGCCGACCAAAUAUUUACGCAACGGCGCUUCCUCCUGUUGUCAAAAUUGGUGCUAUAUUCACUCAUGACCAAAAGGAUAGCAGCACGGAGCUGGCCUUCAAGUAUGCCGUCUACAAAAUCAACAAGGAAAAACUCAUUUUACCAAAGACAAAUUUGAUUUAUGAUAUCCAGUAUGUUCCGAGGGACGAUUCUUUCCAUGCAUCAAAAAAAACUUGUCAGCAAGUUAAAUUUGGAGUCCAGGCAAUUUUUGGCCCCUCGGAUCCGAAACUUGGUCAGCACAUUCACAGUAUCUGCGACGCAUUGGACAUUCCACAUCUGGAAGCCAGGGUGGAUUUGGACUCAGAAGCAAAAGAAUUUAGUAUCAACCUUCAUCCCGCACAAAAUUUGCUCAACUCUGCGUACCAGGAUGUUAUGAAGUUUUUAAAUUGGACUAAAGUAGCAAUUGUCUAUGAGGAUGAUUACGGUCUGAUAAAAUUACGAGAGUUAGUUAGAUCACCCAAGACCCGUGAGAUUGACGUAUAUUUGAGGCAGACCGAUCCAAACUCCUAUAGACAAGUCCUGGCUGAGAUCAAAACCAAAGAAAUACGUAACUUCCUUGUUGACACUAAGCCAGAGCACAUGCAUCUCUUUUUAAGGAUGAUACUCCAAUUACAAAUGAAUGAUUACAAGUAUCACUACCUCUUUACAACUUUUGAUAUUGAAACUUUCGAUUUAGAGGACUUCAAGUACAAUUAUGUGAAUAUCACUGCCUUUCGAUUAGUCGACGCUGAUGAUGCUGGAGUCAGAGGAAUUUUGCGAGACAUGGAACGGUUUCAACCUGCUGGAAAUACUAUUCUCAACAAAUCACGUGUUAUUGAGGCAGAACCAGCUUUAAUGUACGACAGUGUUAACGUAUUUGCUGUUGGAUUAAGGACAUUAGAGCAAUCUCACGCGUUAAGGCCUGCGAAUCUCUCCUGUGAACUCGAGCAUCCUUGGGAUGGUGGUUUAUCUCUUAUCAAUUAUAUUAACUCAGUAGAAAUGAAAGGUAUUUCUGGACCCAUUGAGUUUAAAGAAGGACGUCGAAUCCAAUUCAAACUAGAUCUUCUAAAAUUAAAACAGCAUUCUUUAAUGAAGGUAGGAGAAUGGAGACCAGAAUCAGGAGUGAACAUAACAGAUAAUGCAGCAUUUUUUGAACCAGGAACAGUGAAUGUUACAUUGGUAGUAAUAACGAUUCCGGAGAAGCCAUACAUUAUGAUGCAUCUUGAAAAAAACUACACGGGUAACAAUCGGUUUUACGGUUUUUGCGUGGAUUUGCUUGAAGCUGUGGCACAAAGGGUAGGCUUCAGUUAUCGUUUGGAGCUUGUUGCGGAUAAAAAAUAUGGCGUUAAAGAUCCAGAGACUGGCGAAUGGAAUGGCAUCGUCAAUGAACUCAUGCAACAUGAGCAGCCGUACGUUAUGCUGAGGAACUCUGGAAAUUUCACCGGUAACGAACGUUACGAGGGAUUUUGCAUUGAUCUACUGAGAGAGAUAGCGCGAAUGGUGGGAUUUGCCUACAAGAUUGAGCUUGUGCCGGAUGGCAAGUAUGGUGUUUACGAUUAUGAGACUGGCGAAUGGAAUGGCAUAGUUCGUCAAUUAAUGGAUAAGAAAGCAGAUCUAGCAGUAGGUUCAAUGACCAUAAAUUAUGCAAGGGAGAGUGUAAUUGACUUUACGAAGCCAUUCAUGAACCUAGGAAUCUCCAUACUCUUUAAGGUACCAACCAGUCAUCAGGCUCGACUCUUCUCAUUUAUGAAUCCUUUGGCGAUAGAAAUUUGGUUAUACGUUCUUGCUGCCUACGUUUUGGUUUCUGUAACAAUGUUCGUCGUUGCGCGAUUCAGCCCCUACGAAUGGAAUAACCCACAUCCGUGUCAUUCGGGUCCAACGGAAAUCGUUGAGAAUCAAUUCUCCUUGGCUAAUAGUUUCUGGUUCACCAUUGGAACGCUGAUGCAGCAAGGCAGCGAUCUCAAUCCAAAGGCUACAAGUACACGAAUUGUUGGGGGAAUAUGGUGGUUCUUCACGUUGAUAAUAAUUUCCUCAUACACCGCCAACCUUGCUGCCUUUUUGACAGUAGAAAGAAUGAUAACGCCAAUCGAAAAUGCAGAAGAUCUUGCUGGACAAACUGAUAUUACAUAUGGAACUCUAGAGAGUGGCAGCACCAUGACAUUUUUCCGGGAUUCGAUGAUUGAAACAUACAAAAAAAUGUGGAGAUUUAUGGAAAAUAAAAAACCUUCGGUUUUUGUAUCAACAUAUGAAGAAGGGAUUCAGCGUGUUUUGCAAGGUGAUUAUGCAUUUCUUAUGGAAUCCACGAUGCUGGAUUACAUUGUACAACGAGAUUGUAAUCUUACACAAAUUGGUGGACUGCUUGACAGUAAAGGAUACGGAAUCGCAACACCUAUGGGCUCGCCAUGGCGUGAUAAAAUCUCACUUGCCAUACUGGAGCUCCAAGAAAAAGGUGAAAUUCAAAUGCUGUAUGAUAAAUGGUGGAAAACCCCAGGAGACACAUGUAUGAGAACUGAGAAGGGAAAAGAGAAUAAAGCUAAUGCAUUGGGAGUAGCUAAUAUCGGUGGAGUAUUUGUCUUCCUUUUAUGUGGACUUGCAUUUGCUGUACUGGUGGCAAUUUUUGAAUUUUGCUAUAACUCCAAGAAAAAUUCAAUUCCUGAACGGUCGACGUCAUCAGUGCAACCACCACCAACAUGCUUAGAAUCAUUGCAAGCUAUUCCACAAGGUACUCAACAACAACCACAGAACCAGCAAUCAGAAUCUCUGUGUACAGAAAUGGCACGUGAAUUGUGUCGGGCGUUACGCUGUCACACGUCGUCUCGUAGGAGACAAGUAUGUGGAAAAUGUUCGACCUAUACAGUAGGCUAUCCGCUGGAUAAUCCCGCUACAAAUCCUCUUAAUGGGAUACGAUCUCAGCGAAACAGCAUAGGAGUAUCCGGUGAAUUAUUACCGGCUCAUAUUCACGUUCAUCAUCACACUCCACACGAAAAUAAUUAGCAUCUAAUGUCAACGUUAUUCGUCUGAUGAUAAUGAAUGCCUAACUGUUAAUAAUUCGUUCGAAAUCUUGAACAUUGAAAGUAUUUUUUCUUGGUGUAGUAACUCAAUGAAUUAGCAACGGAACUUCAUAAUCAAAAACACAAAAAAUCAGAGAUUUUCGGGGACCAGUAAGAUCAUAAAAAAAGAGCUUUGACAAUUUCAUCUUUUAAAAUAAGAAGAACUAGAUGUACAAAUUCAUAAAAAUAUGGUAGUGAAGCACAUAUUCGAUCAAAUAGAGUUUUAUAUAACAGUACCAUGUAUUUGUGCGUGUAAAAUGUAAAUGAGAUAUAAUAUUUAAAUUUAAUAAUACACAAUAUAGAUAAAUAAUGUUAGCUUUAGUUUAAAAGAAAAAUAAAUAUCAAUAAAGUAUUCAUUUUUCUUCUAUAUCAAUAUCAAUUUCUUUAAAAAAUUUCCAUUAUCAGUACAAAGUAACAUACAAUUGAGAUAGAUUUAAAAUAUCACGCACAAAAUCGUGGUACUACCGUUCAAUACGAUUUUCGAUCGUAUUUAUAUGGCUUCGUACCACUAGUAGCUUCUUUUAAAAUGUAAUUAGUUAUCACAGAGGUAUCAUUGAUACAAUCUACUGAUCCUCGUUAAUUUAAAAUAACUAAAUAAGUAUUGAAUUUUUGCACGGUUUAUUAUGUAAAGUUUGCACUGACUUCUUUCAAGGAUCUUAAGCCAAAUUCAAAAGUAACAAGCAUGUCCAAGUACUUUGUAAAUAAAAUGAAUGUACAGUACGUACAUUAGGUGUAAACAUAACUAGCUAGUAAUUAAUUUUGAAAUAAAAAAAAUUGUUUAA